CCCACCCCUCUCUUUAUCACGGUGAUGCUCAGAUGUCUUUUGGAGGGCGGUGCAGAGAGAGAGAGAGAAAGAGAGCUACGUGUUGCUGCGCAGCAACAGACAGCCAGAAAAGAGGGUGUAAGACGGAAGAAUUUCCUCGCAGAAGCAGAAGGACGCCAAGCAGCAUCAAUGGCUCCAAGAAUAUACUGUUGUAACGAAUUCAUGUAGCACAAGGAGGACGCAGAGUGAACGACUACUAGCUACAGUCACCCUCCGGGCGGUCCCCAUUAAAGGAGUAAACGUCCUUUUAGUCUGCCUAAUGGAAACGUUUUGGUGAAAGGAACGUUAGUUUAUUUCAGUCUCGAGGAAACAUCGAAUUUGCGCCGACUCACAGUGGGCACCCUCCUCCUCACCGCGCCGACUCCCUAUGGAGGAUUCCUCCUAUCUCCAGAAGACGAACCUGCUUGGAUUCCAGGGGUAGGCUCGGUCUCUGCGUUUAAUGUAGCGUGAAAACUUGACCAAAUAACUGCAACAUUCUGUCAAUGGAGUUGAUGUUGGAGUAUUCUUGUCAGGCAUCUUAGUGGUUUCGAAGUAGGGGUUGGAUGUCAACCUUUCUAUCGUGCGUAUUUCUCAACAUCAACACACCCUGCGUUGGUCAUCCCUAAAUAAACAGGCACUGGAUAGCCCGCUCAUGCUCACAUUAUCUUACCAGCUGGUCUUAAGCCAUCACAGACACUCUGAAACACUGUCAUUAGCUGGGUUUUAAUUAAAAAAUAGAUUUUAAAAUGUGAGUGACUUAAAAACACAAAAGUUUUUAAGUCAGCACUGUAGUUUUGCAUCUCAGCACUGCUUCUGGUCAACACCUUAGAGAGGCUUUUUGUCUCUAUGUAUUGUUUUUUUAUUCAUCCAGGUCAUGGUUGUUAAAGGCUUGAUCCUAAGGGGCAACUGGACUGGGUUAAAGUUCCUAGAGAUGUUUCACCUUUACUCUGGUAGCCUUCUUCUGUUUGAAAUACGGAUUGAAAGUUGGCCAUGUGGUUGACCUGUUCUCCCCCUGGUGUGGGGUCACAUGGUCUUAAGUGACAUGAUCCUGGGUGGAAAUGUUUGGAUUGUUGAACAAAGAAACCCAGAACUACAUUAUACGUUGGAAGUGUCUCAGUCCACUACCUCUGUUCAAAAAUGGUCUUCCAGUUUGAUGGCUUCCUUAACACCUUUCUCAAGUGAAGUUUGCAUACUGGCCGAGCGGCCUCAUUGUACUCUGUAACAAAAACUGACAGUCAGCCUGAAAAAACAAUCCUGGUCUAACCUACCAUUUUCUUCUGUCACUACUCAGUAUGCUAUUGCUCAUGAUGGGCAGCUGAUUAGGAACCCCACUUAGUCUUUGAAUGAAAUAACCAUGUAUUGCUCUAAUUCUCCUUUUACUUCACUUUUUUCUUUAAAUGUGUGUGUCCGUUUUGGGUUCACUUCUUCUGUCCAUCCACCUCUCUCUCCCUCUCUCAGUGCAGUUGUGAUUGUUUGCUCUGUCUGUGUUUCCAUGCGUCCAGUCAUGACAGGUCAGGCCCUGAGAAAACCAUGCAGCGCGGCUCACAUGGAUGACAACGCUGCCAUCUGCAUCAACGUAGGUGGUUUUAAGAGGCGUCUCCAGUCCAACACCCUUUCUCGAUUUCCUGACACGAGGCUUGCACGUUUACUCCACUGUGAGACCAAAGAGUCCAUUUUGGAGCUGUGCGAUGAUUAUGAUGAUGCAGAGAAAGAGUUUUACUUCGACAGGAACCCAGCACUCUUCCCUUAUGUACUCAAUUUCUACAACACAGGUAGACUGCAUGUCAUGGCUGAGCUGUGCAUCUUCUCAUUCAGUCAGGAGAUCGAGUACUGGGGCAUCAAUGAGCUGUUUAUUGACUCGUGCUGCAGCAGCACCUAUCACGACAAAAAAAUGGACCAGGAAAGGAAGGACUGGGAUGAUAGGAGUGACGAGGGGAGCACCACUUCAUCCUUUGAUGAGCUGUUGGAGUUUUAUAGUGACGCAACCAAGUUUGACAAACAGUUCCUGGGGAGCACACGGAGGCGCGUUUGGUUGAUGCUUGAUAACCCUGGUUACUCCAUAGCCAGUCGCAUCAUCAGCAUCCUCUCCAUCCUAGUUGUGCUUGGCUCCAUCACUAGUAUGUGCAUGAACAGCAUGACCGAGUUCAGUCUGUUGGACAGUGAGGGGCAACUCAGGGAAGACCCUCAUUUUGAGACUGUGGAGCACUUUGGUAUUGGCUGGUUUACUCUGGAGCUGGUUGCCAGAUUCAUGGUGGCCCCGGAUGUUCUUCAUUUCUUUGAGCAUCCAUUGAAUGUGAUUGACCUGGUGUCCAUACUUCCAUUUUACUUGACACUUCUUAUAAAUCUGGUUAUUGAGAGCAGUCCCGCACUAGCCAACCUAGGACGUGUUGCUCAAGUGCUGAGGCUGAUGCGGAUUUUCCGGAUCCUGAAGCUGGCUCGUCAUUCUACAGGACUACGCUCCCUGGGGGCCACACUUAAAAACAGCUAUAAGGAAGUGGGCCUACUGCUUCUUUACCUAGCUGUAGGGGUGUCAUUUUUCUCAGUUGUUGCCUACACAGUGGAGAAAGAGGACAAUGAGGAUCUCUCCACCAUCCCAGCAUGUUGGUGGUGGGCCACUGUCAGUAUGACUACUGUCGGGUACGGAGAUGUAGUGCCAUUCACCAUUGCUGGAAAGCUGACUGCCUCAGCCUGCAUCCUUGCUGGGAUCUUAGUCGUUGUGCUUCCAAUUACACUCAUUUUUAAUAAAUUCUCCCUCUUCUAUAAAAGACAGAAACAGCUAGAGAUCGUUAUGAGAAGCUGUGAUUUCAACGAGGGGAUAAAAGAGGUGCCCUCAGUCAACCUAAGAAACUAUUAUGCACAGAAAGUUAAAUCUCUAAUGGUGAGCUUGUCAAACAUGAGUCGCAGUUCACCCAGUGAGCAUAGUCUAAACGAGUCAUUACGCUAAAAAGAAGUUUUAGGCAAUACUGGAGGAAUUGUGGCAGCAUGAGUGUUCAGAGUGUAAAAACCUCUGGGUGUUGACACUGAUUUGCCCCUGAUGUCUCACAAAUUGCAAUGAUGUAGCUUGGUGCAAUAACCUGUUACUCCGUAUUAUUCACGACAACACAGUAAGCAAUUGUUCUGCAUAGUUUGAAUAUGAUAAAACCAUAACUAAAUAGGCUAAAAUCUGCCAACAUAAUAAGAAAAAGACAGAGAAAUCUGCUGUUGUUUGCAGUGUUAGGUGGUGUCAAACUGUAGUCAACUCCUCAGCUAUAAAUGUCAUGAUCCACUGUGUCUGAAAGUAGCUACAGCUGUACUUCCGUUGAACAGUAUUGAUGUGUCAGUGUUAUGUUGUGACAAGAUCACUGCAGAUGUGUUAUUAAGGCAAACUGUAUUAAACACAAGUACACAACACCGUGUCUUACUGAGAUAGACUGCUUGACAUAUUCAUGGUGUGAGAUAUAUUUCACACCCAUAGACAGUGAUUGGGAAAGACAGAAACUUCCGAAAAACUUGGAGGGUGACAAGAUGUUUUUCAGUCCAUUCCUUUUAUGACAGGCCAAAUAAUGUGGCACAAUACCAUCUGCUGAAUUCCCUUAGAUUAAAACAGUGAGGACAGGUUUGAUUUUCUUACCCAUCUCCUCAUCUGUGUCUUUACACCAUCACUGAUCUGUGAAUAUGAUUUUUUUUUAAAAAUCACACAUUUUUUUGAUUGUGUUGCAAGACACAAACAAAUUCAGAAAGCAGCUUUUUCAAUACAAGAAGGGUCUGCUGUGGUGCAUGAGCUGAUAACACUGAAAGAACCAAACCUAGGCAGCAAGAAUAAUAAAUGACAGAUAUGCUCAUGGCUUCAUAGUGGUGGUUUGAGCCAUUAAUGUGAAGCAGGUAUCUAAUACUUGCUUUGUAUCGUUAAAGAGAGGGUAUCAUCAAAAGCGAGGAGAGCUCCUGUUAGAAACUAGAGUAUAAAACAAAAAUAAGAGCUUGUUGGAGCUAAAUGAAGAGGUAAUAUCCUCCAUAUGCACAUCACAUUUAAGAAGAGCCCAUAAAAUGGGUUAACUUGUCAGGGUCUGGUGAAGAACAUCCAAAAGAAUGGAAAACAGUGCAUGGUUGGGGUAAAAGUGCAGUUUGUUAAAUAGUCCAGGAGGUGUCAGUAGGCCCCUAUAGAAAGACUCUCCCAGAGGGGCAUAAGGAUGGUCUGAGGAGAGCGUGACUGAAGUCUAGAGAUGGGUUUGCUUAUACUUUUGGCUUUGGUUCUACCAAUACCAAUAUUGGUACCAAAUCUUAUACAAGGCAACAUUGAAAUGCAUGUAUGCUUUCACAAACACUUUUUUUGUAAAGUGAUAAAACAGGAAAAUACUUAAUAGCUAAUCAUAUUACAUAAACCAGCUAACAGAAGUAGUUCUGAAACAUAAAGAGGGAAUAAGUGUUGGUGCAUGAAUUUUUAAUAUUGAAUAGGCUGACCUGCAUCUCCUCAGUAUUGACAUAUACCUCAUACAACUCCACUCAAAAAAACCUGACCAUUCCUCUAAGUACUUAUUCCACGACUAAUGAUUACGAGUAAUGAUUAAUGGCAGUGCUCCCCUGUACCUGUAUAUGCUGCAGCUCAAUAAAAACAACUCUGUGAUGUCUUUUAACAGGGUGUAAUUUAGCAGACUUGGAUUCACAGCAUCUUUCUUUAUCAGCCUCUUUCUGUCUUUGGUUUGGACUAUCUAGAUGUCCAUAGAGGAAAUGAGCAGUCACCCACAUUUUGUAUGAAUGUAUAUUUUUAUACUGUCACACUUCUGAGAGAAAUUGUUACUAACCGAGUAGUUUGUGAGUAGUGAAGUAUUGAACAUGUGCUCCCUUGUUAGUAUUACAUUAGGCUUUUAAGUCCUCACAGAAGUUGCAAACAUACUUCCAUCUCCUGGUCUUUCAGUUCAGCUCUAAACCCUGUAACCUGACUCAGUAGUAAGAGCAUUCUUCAUCACAUUUGGCCUUAGCUCUGUCACUUCCAAACGUGGUGCUUGUACCAAAGUGCCUCUUUGUGAAUGUGUGGCAGAUAUGUAACACGUGUGCACACCAACUCAUCCUCAAAACACCUACUGCCUCCAGCAUCACCUCAUUCUCAAUGAAUUAAUUUAAACUCUUUGCUGUAUAUGAUCUGUGGCUUAUCAGUUUGUUACCUUUGCACUUUCAAGACCUCUACUCAGAGGUCCCUGUACUUGGCUUGUACUGAGCCCUGGUCUCAGUUAAGAGCAGCUUUCUACACAAGAUGUUUUGGUGACCCUUUCAGUGCUUUGUGGGUCUCCCACUUUUGGCUGAAUUGCUCUUGUAUUGUAAGAAGCUCUGGAUAUAUGCUGUGUUAUUAUUAGAAAUAACUGUAUGUAGUAUCCUUUGUAUAAAAUGAGCCUUUAACGUUCAUCACCCUGUAUUACUCCAGGUGUCUGGUAGGUAAAACCCAGUGAUCCUUGUUAUGAAAGAAAAAUAAACAGAUACCCAUAGUUUGAAUGUCAGUUUAUGGCUGUGCAGCGUUUGUUAUUUAUGGAGACGUGUAUAUUUCUACCAUGGUUUUUGACACAUUCUUAUGCUUGUUUCAGACUUCCUUGUAUUUGUAUGAGUAGUGGUUUUUGAAAGUUAUAUCAGCUCUGAUAUAACAGCUCUCUCCUCAGCAGUCUUGAAUACGGAGGGCCUAUUUCACAAAGAGGACUUAGUUUUGGGGCCCAUUAAUCUCGUGUAAAUUAAAUAAAACCAUCUAAACACACACAAAAGGUUAAAUGCACCACAAACUGCAUUGCUGAACAAAUCUGUGUAUUACUGCUGUUUGAACAGAUUUGAUAAAGCCAUCAUAUAUUCAACAGGGAUAAGUUUUGCUCCUGUUCCUCUAUAAC